AUGGGCAAUCCGGAACAGCUCGCCCACAAGGACUUCGACGUGGAAGAUGUCCUAGAACAGCUCAAUAUUGACGAGAAGAUCUCGCUAUUAUCGGGUACAGAUUUCUGGCAUACAGCUUCCGUACCACGCCUAGGGAUACCAGCAAUUCGCGUUAGCGAUGGACCAAAUGGUGUCAGGGGGACUAAGUUCUUCUGUAGUGUCCCAGCAGCGUGUUUGCCGUGUGGAACGAGCUUGGCUGCCACUUGGAAUACGGAGCUGAUUAACAAGGCGGCGCAACUUCAAGGUAAGGAGGCUAUUGCUAAAGGUGCCUCGGUGAUAUUAGGCCCGACCACGAACAUGCAAAGAUCACCGUUGGGGGGUAGAGGCUUCGAGUCUUUCAGUGAAGAUCCAGUUCUAGCCGGUCAGAUGACGGCUGCCACUAUCAACGGAAUUCAGUCGACCGGUGUAGGAGCUACUCCCAAACAUUUCGUUGCCAACGACCAGGAGGACCAACGAAUGGCAGUGGACAGCAUAAUCACUGAGCGAGCACUGAGAGAGAUCUAUUUGAUGCCAUUUCAGAUAGCCAUGAAACAUUCCAGUCCAUGGUGUUUUAUGACAGCUUAUAACAGGGUCAAUGGUCCACAUGUCAGUGAGGACUCUAAGCUCAUACGAGAUGUGCUCCGUCAGGAAUGGGGCUUCGAUGGAAUGAUUAUGUCCGACUGGUUUGGGACAUACUCGACAACUGAGUCAAUCAAAGCUGGCUUGGAUCUGGAAAUGCCUGGCCCAUCAACUACCCGAGGCCAUCUAGUGGGUCCAGCUCUUGGGUGUGGAAAAUUGAGGGUAUUCGAUAUCGACAAUUGUGUACGACAAGUGCUUAAGUUGGUGAGAAAGGUAUUACCAUUAGGCAUACCAGAACAUGCUCCGGAGGGUACCAUCGACUCCAAGGAGACCGCAGCUUUACUCCGGCAUGUAUCGUCAGACGGCCUGGUUCUCUUGAAGAACGAUAACAGUGUGCUCCCCUUCAAGAAGGACAAGUCAAUAGCUGUGAUUGGUCCAAAUGCAGAUUUUGCUGCCUACUCUGGAGGCGGCUCUGCGUCUCUCUUGCCAUACUAUGCCAUCACGCCUCUUCAAGGAGUAAGAAACCAGAACAAAGAUGCCCAAUAUGCUCUUGGCGCUCCUGGCUGGAAGAAGCUGCCUCUAAUCACGAGAAAGUUAAAGACAGCAGACGGUAGACAGGGUCUGAUCAUGAAGGUGUAUUUGGAUCCUCCCAGUACCAAAGGCCGUGAAAGCAUAGAUGAGGUAUAUGUGAAUGACUCGAAUAUGUUUCUUGCCGACUACAAGCAUCCGAAGAUCACGAGUUCCUUGUUCUAUGCGACCUUUGAAGGCGACUUCACACCUACGCAAACUUCGGAAUACGAGUUCAGUGUCUCCGUGGCAGGAACUGCCAAACUCUACGUAGAUGGCCAACUAGUUGUCGACAAUGAAACUAAACAACUGCCUGGUGACAGUUUCUUUGGUACAGGCACGCAAGAGGAAAUUGGCAGCAUUAAGUUGGAGAAAGGUAAAACGUACAAGGUUCAUGUUGAUUUUGCGACUUUGCCGACUAUGACCUUCAAAGUGCCAGGCGCCACAGCUUUCGGAGCAGGAGGCAUCAGAAUAGGCUGCGAGCGCAGAAUAGACAGAAAGACCGAGCUUGAGCAAGCUGUGGCACUGGCCAAAACAGUCGAACAAGUUGUCUUGAGUGUUGGCCUCAAUGCAGAGUGGGAAUCGGAGGGUUAUGAUCGAACAACUAUGGACUUACCUCCUGGAAGCGACGAGCUCAUCGAAGCAGUUAUAGCAGCCAAUCCCAAUACAGUUAUUGUUGUACAGUCAGGUACGCCAGUGACGAUGCCCUGGCUUAAAACAGCUCCUGCAAUUGUGCAAGCAUGGUAUGGCGGUAACGAAACUGGCAACGCCAUUGCAGAUAUCGUCUUCGGUAACGUCAAUCCUUCAGGCAAGUUGCCAUUGUCCUUUCCUAUACGAAACGAGGACAACCCAGCCUUUUUGAACUACAAGUCUGAACGGAAUCGAGUACUCUACGGUGAAGACAUAUACAUUGGUUACAGGUUUUACGAAAAGACGAAGAAGGAGGUCGCAUUUCCUUUUGGGCAUGGAUUGAGCUAUACGACCUUCGAAAUGUCUAACCUGAAACUUGCUAUCGACGACAAUACAGACGAAAUUAUAGUGGUCAUUAAUGUCAAGAAUACCGGCAGCUAUGAUGGAGCACAGAUAGUCCAAGUAUACGUCUCACAAGAAUCGCCAUCUCUAAAUCGACCAUCGAAGGAACUCAAGGGGUUCACAAAAGUCUCUGUGAAGAAGGGUGAAGUUGUCAAGGCGAAAGUGAGCUUCUCCAAGAAAUAUGCCACCAGCUUCUGGGACGAAGCGAGAGAUUCAUGGAUCAGUGAGAAAGGCAGAUAUUUUGUGCUCGUCGGAGAUUCAAGCGCAAAAGUACCAUUCAAGGACGAGUUCGAAGUCGAGAGGACGACUUGGUGGAAAGGACUAUAG